UGUUUUUGGGCAAGGUUGAUAAAUGUUACCUUUGUUUGCAUUUAUCUCCUUAAAACCCGACCUCGACGCUUGUGUCUCAGUCUCAGUAUCACUUUAGCUUUCAGUUUCAGAUCUCUCUUUCAUCACACCAAUUUCCAGGAUUUGAAACAUGGCAGAUUCAAAACCAGGAUUGAGGAAGCCAGUGUUCACCAAGGUUGAACAGCUUCGCCCAGGAACAAGUGGGCACACUUUAACCGUGAAGGUGGUCAAUGUUAAGAUGGUGAUGCAGAAAGGUCGCUCCGAUGGUCCUCAAUCCCGUCAAAUGCGAAUUGCUGAAUGUUUGGUUGGUGAUGAGACUGGAAUGAUCAUAUUUACUGCCAGAAAUGAUCAAGUGGAUUUGGUGAAAGAGGGCUCUACUGUGAUCCUUCGUAAUGCGAAAAUUGACAUGUUCAAAGGAUCAAUGCGACUUGCUGUGGACAAGUGGGGCCGUGUUGAAGUCACAGAUGCUGCUAGUUUCACUGUGAAGGAAGAUAAUAACUUGUCUCUUAUUGAGUACGAACUGGUGAAUGUUGUUGUGGAAUAACUUGUUUUGGAAAUUGUGGAACUUCUACUUAGAAUAAAAACAAAUCAAGUUUUUCUAUGGGACAUCUCAGCAUGGCCAUCACAUUCACCUCAGUUUUCGAUUUGAGAAGCCAGUACAGUACCAACACUGCAUCUUACUGUUGCAACUUCUUGUAGCUUCAACCAUUGAACAAACGGUUACUGUUAGUGCAAAAAGAAUAUGAGAAUUGGCUUCCAGAUCAUGCUUUUUGUUAUGCUAUCUGUUGACAAUUUUGGAUUAUGUAUCAGAAUAUUAUACAUGGCAGGUGAAUGUUUAUAUUUUCUGU